AUGCCAAAGCGCGGUCUUUCACCAGACUCUGAAGCGUCCCAGAAGCGCUCUAAAGUCCGUCCUCAGGAUCCAGUUGCUGUCGAUCCACCCGCCUUCAACAGCCGCUACAGCGACCCAGAAUUUACAGCAGCCUUCAACAAAGCUUUCCGCAACAGCCAGCCCUUUGAGGACCCCAAAAGCAGUGCCAGGCUUAUUGAAUAUCCAUAUCCAACAGCCAGUCUCCCUAAUUUCCUUCGAUCAACCACAUAUCUCAAGACGCUGCGCGAGGAGCUGCUCACGGAGGAUUACUUUCACAAGUCCAACGAUCUGUACGAAUUCUAUCAGUCGGAGGAUCUGCGCCUGUCCAAGAAGCCCCACAUUGCUGCAUUAAAGAAUGCGAUCUAUUCGCAGGGGUUUUUUGCAAUGAUGACUUCGCUGACAGGCAUUGAUCUGGACCCCUCAAUUAUCGAUCUCAAUGGGAACCAGUAUCACGAAGGAUGCUACCUUCUGUGCCAUGAUGACGAUAUUAAGAACGAGAAGGAAGGGCGCAGGAUCGCCUUUAUUCUUUAUCUUGUGGACGAGGACUGGAGUGCUGCUGACGGCGGAGCCUUGGAUCUUUUCAAAUGUAACGAAGCAGGAUACCCGAUCGAGGUAGUGCAAUCGCUCGUCCCGGUACGGAAUACAUUGGCGUUCUUUGAGCUGUCAUCGGUCUCAUAUCACCAAGUAGCUGAGGUCUUGACCCGCGACAAGAGCCGAAUCUCCAUAUCUGGAUGGUUCCACGGUCCACUCAAGACUAGGCUCAUCUCCAAAUCCAUGCCAUUCGAACCAUUGGUGGAUCUGCCGGAGGUCUCACUCGAGGCAUUGCUCAAUCCUGAUUACCUGAGCAAGAGCUCUAUCGACAACAUCUGCAAUGUCUUUUCGGAUCAGAGUUCAAUCGAGCUCCAGCAGUUUCUGAAGCCCGAGAUUUACAAGGCCCUGCUGGAUGAAUUGGAGCCCCUGGACGCAGAGAAAGGGGCACAGGCGGUACGGCCACUGUGGGACGAACAGAUGGGGCCUCGGCACGUCCGCAAUUACAUGCGCGUCUCAACCAAAAAUCAGUCAACGAUUCCUCCGACGUUAGCGCGUGUGCAGGCGCUGUUUUCGUCCAAGGCGUUUGAGACGUAUAUGACAAAGAUUGCCAAUCUUUCGUUUCUUUCGGCAUAUACAGAGCUGCGCAUGUUCAAGAAGGGCGACUACACGCUGUUGCAUGACCAUGCAUUGGAAAGGAACGGGUUGGAUGUGGUCUUUAGUUUUCCGUUCAUACCUAGUUCAAAGCAAACCUCGUCUUCAAAGUUGCCAGAGUGGGAAGAGAGCUGGGGAGCAGGCGCCACGCACUAUGUCGCGGACAAAGUCAAUCUAUUGACAUUAUACCCGAAACACAACACAUUGACCUUGGUUCUACGAGACGAGGGUACUAUGAGGUUUGUGCGCUUUUUGAAUGCGCGUGUGGGCGAAGCCAGGCGACGAGAGCUGAGUGUCCUCUAUACCGUUAAUGGUGAUGACGAUGAUGAGGACGAGGACGCAUUGGAGGGUCAGGGCGAGCUAGGCGAGGACGAAGAGUCCAGGCAGGAUAUCUAA